AUGAAAACAGGGUGCAGUCUUGGUGGCUCACGGUUGCCCUUGCCUAGACACACACGUUCCUUAGAGGAAGCAGUCACCUGCAGAUCACGAGGCUCGCCAGCGUGCACAGAUGGUGGAGCGUGGUGGCUGAGAUGGGUGGCAGAACUGAGGCGGGUGGGCAGCUGCCCCGUGCCUGGAGGGAAGCCCACACAUCCCGUCCCUGGGACUCCGAGUUCCCGCACAGCGCUGACCGAGUGGCCCGAUCACCAGUCAUCUUGUCCUCAGGCUCAGGGACGGAUCUUUGGGAAGCUGAAGGAAGAAAACUUCUUUAACCCCAAAGAAGAGGUGAAGCUGGAAGCCCACAUCCGUGUUCCCUCGUCCACAGCCGGCCGCGUGAUCGGCAAAGGGGGGAAAACCGUCAACGAGCUCCAGAACUUGACAAGCGCAGAAGUUAUCGUGCCUCGUGACCAAACCCCAGAUGAAAAUGAGGAAGUGAUCGUCAGGAUCAUCGGACACUUUUUCGCCAGCCAGGUACUAUCCUGUGAGGGCCCUGCCUCCUGCCCAGCUCCUCCCACUAGUUCACGUACUGUAUUUGUGUCGAGUGGCCGUGUGCUUUAA